AUGCUUUCUAGGUUAUAUAAUAGAACUACAACACCGUGGGAUCAGGGACCCAGGAUUGCCUAUAAAGGAUUCUUUUUGCCCCUCGGAGGUCUCUCAGACGAAAAACAAUAUACUACUACUACUACUACUACUACUACUACUACUACUACUACUGCUACUACUACUACUACUUCUACUUGUAUUCUACCCAUACAAAUUUACGCUUGCAGCUCAGGCGGCGGAAUGCUCUUAGUAGCCUGA